GAGAGAGAGUGGUAGAGGGAACUCCAUGUCCCAAGAAUCUCGGGUGCAUAUUGACAUGCGAUCGGUCCAUGGAACAUGGCAGCGCCGAUGAGCCAGACAUGUGCGGCAAUGGAGAGGUCGGUCCGGGAGCGGGUCCCGCCGCUGCUGACCGAUCUUUAUCAGUUCACUAUGGCUUACGCCUACUGGCGGGCUGGCAGGCACAACGAACCCGCCGUCUUCGAGCUUUUCUUCCGCGACAACCCCUUCGGCGGCGGAUUUUCGCUUUUCUCCGGGCUGCACGACUGUCUGCUGUUCCUGCGGGGCUUUCACCUUACGGAUGAAGAUGUUGAGUACCUGCGCUCAGUGCUGCCCCCUGGCACUGACCCCGCCUUCUUCUCCUUCCUCCGGGGGCUGGACUGCUCUGAGGUCACACUGCGCUCUGUCCCUGAGGGGACCGUGGUCUUCGCCAGGGUCCCUCUAAUGGAGGUGUCAGGCCCCUUAGCGGUAGUUCAGCUGCUGGAGACCAGUCUGCUCUGCCUCGUCAAUUAUGCCAGUCUGGUGUGCAGUAACGCUGCCAGGUUCCGGCUGGCUGCGGGUUCGAGGCGGAAGCUGCUGGAGAUGGGGCUGCGGAGGGCACAAGGGCCUGACGGGGGGCUGACCGCCUCCCGUUACACACACAUUGGGGGAUUCGAUCUGACCAGUAACGUCCUGGCUGGCUACCUGUUUGGAAUCCCUGUGGCCGGAACCAUGGCACACUCCUAUGUCACUUCCUUUUCCUCUCUGGAGGAGGUGUGGCCUCAGACUUUGGCCCCAGCCAAUGGAGACUGUGACACCGUUGACCCCGUUGACCUGGUGUCCCUUAGCAGGGGGUGGCUGGGGCGGGUUUGCCAGCUGUUGGAGGCGGAGCCCAGUAAAGUCAGAGAAGGGGAGCUGGCGGCCUUUGUCUCUUACGCAAUCGCCUUCCCACGCAACUUCCUCGCUGUCAUAGACUCCUACAGCGUCAGCAGUAGUGGGCUACUGAACUUCUGUGCGGUGGCGCUGGCCCUCUGUGAGUUGCGGUACAAGCCCCUGGGAGUGCGGCUGGACAGUGGCGACCUCUGCAGGCAGUCGGUGGAAGUGCGGCGUGCCUUCAAGGCCUGCAGUGAGCACUUCUCAGUGCCAGCCUUCCAGUCUUUGAUCAUCGUGGGAACAAACAACAUCUCAGAACACAGUAUUGCCGAGCUGAACGAGAGGGAGAAUGAGAUUGAUGUGGUGGGAGUGGGGACACACCUGGUUACCUGCACUCUGCAGCCCUCCCUCGGCUGUGUGUACAAGCUGGUGGAAGUGAGGGGCAGCCCCAAGAUGAAGCUGAGUGAGGAUCCGGAUAAGAGCACCAUGCCGGGCAGGAAGGCCGUCUACAGGCUCCUGGACUCCGAGGGUCACCCGUUCCUCGACCUGCUGUGUCUGUGCGACGAACUGCCCCCCCGAGAUGGCAUGGAGGUGCGCUGCCACCCGCUGGGGCGAGACCGGGUCACGGUUACGCCCAGCCGGGUGGCUGCUCUGCGGCAGGACGUCUUCUCUCGGGGACAGAUCACUCACCCCCUCAGGAGUGCAGCUGAGAACAGGGCGAAUGUGCAAAGUUCCCUAAAAAUGCUACACCCCCGACACAAGAGACUGCAGGACCCUGAUACGUAUGCUGUGGCAGUGUCAGAGAAACUGCAUGCAGUGCUCACAGAGAUCAGGCAUGGUGGCGGCAGCAACAAUAACAAGAUCCUAUUGGGCAACUGAGACUGACCGAUGGGCGGGGCAAAGGGACCAUGCCCUCAUAUAAACCAAACCUGUCUGGGGUGAAAAAAUGUGCCUCUCAGUAUUUUAUUUUAUUUUUAUUUUUAGAUUCUGUCCUUGGAUAUAUUCUACCAUAAAACCCCAUCUGGCUGAGGGCA